AUGAGCAGCCUCAGCGACCAAGCUGCGAAGAAAAUUGAGCUCAAAAAUCGUGAACUUCAGCUUCAAAAGCGUAAAUUGGAGCUUGACCUCGAAAAGCAUCAGCUCCAAGUCGAGUGCGACAAAACCGAGCUUGAAAAGCAGAGGUUUAGAAUUAAACAGGAUGAAUAUAAACUUAAGGAAAGGAUAGACAAGCUGGAAGAGAUUGAAACCGAAUUCGAGACCAAUGGACCCGAUAUAAUCAGGCUGACGAUAUCCAAGAAGGUCAGACGUGCUAUGGCAGGCACAAAAGAGAGCCAACUUAAAUGUGAUGAUGACAUGAAUGCCCUCCAGCGAUUUCGAUAUGAACGGUACGUCUACGAACAGGACCUCAACGAGAAAGAUGAUCGCUUAGCCGAUUUACUCGACACAGAGACCCGGUUGCGAGAGCUCGCUCAGCGGGAACAAUGCCUGAUGGAACAACUUGAGCAAGAUCCAGCGAGAUUCCAACAAGAGAUCAUUGACGGGCAGAAGGAAUAUAUUCUAACUGAACGGGAGUGGUGGAUUAUCCGGAAUUCCUUCUCUAAUGGAGCUUUAGAGCGAGGUUUUGAGUACUGGCGCAGCCAUCCUAGAUGGUAUUUGCAUCGCGUUCUUCGGGAGGACUGUGCGGGGAGAGGAGGUUGCUGUGGCCGUGAUUGUGGAUGUUGCGUUGAUCGCAAACUUGGCUCCCAUCGUAAGCUCGCAGUUGGGCACUGCACUAUUGAAUGUGGUUGCUGUCAGAAGGCUCGGGGAUUUGAGCUUUCUGAAGAUGAAAAGAGAUAUCUCUCGAUACGAUACGCGGUCUCGCAGGAUGGUACAUCUAAGAAGAACUUCGAACUGAAGGAUCUCCAACUGAAGAACCUCGAACUUCAACGAAUCCAUUCUCAAGAACUAAUGAAGGACCGUACGAUCCGAUAUGAGUUUCCUGAGGGCGGAGUUGUCGAAUACGAACGCUACAUAAACCAAGACGAUGGUAUCCCCGAGGAUGAAGCCGAGUUCACUGACAAUGAGUGCCCUGUGGAGGAGGAUCCGUACUAUCAUCGGAUCUGCCAAGCUUCGAUCUGGGGAUUGGUAGAAGGCAACUUCGAUAAACCGUAUGACCUGAUCGACACCCAUGACUUGAUCGAAGAACCGAGAUACAAACAAGCCUGUGAGUCAACAUGGGGGCUUGGCGGUAGUAACAAAGAGUCAUUCAGCCUGGUUAGUCACGAGGACAAUAAUUCAAUGAUGACAGAAACGGAUUGGUAG